GAAAGAUGUGGCUGCAGUCAGUGUUAGUGCCUCUUCUCAAACUGUAUUUAUGCGGACUUAAAGUUCUUCUCUACCAGAUGUUCAACAGAUCUUUUACUUUACCAGACAAUGGAACACGUAUGAAAUAGAGACUGAAACUCGGACCAUUAAGAAGGAAGCGACUGCUAUUAGCCAGCUGUUGACCAGCAGUCGCUUCCAAGCCCUAACCAAGCUGCUGUUCUGCUGUUUUGUACCUUUAAACAUCCUCAAAUCUUUAUUUCACUACUCUUGUGAAGGUGCUUGCUAAGUGAAGGCAUCUAAGUGGAUUGCUUUCGAAAGGAACCAAUGGAGGGUAAAAGUUCAGGACCUUCGUGCUCUGGCCUCAAUCUGGUCGCACACCCACGAGCAAAAAGUAAAGUCUGGAAAUACUUUGGCUUUGACACAGAUGCAGAUGGGUGCAUAUUGCACUGGAAGCGGAUAUACUGCCGCGUAUGCAUGAGUCAAAUCGCUUACUCUGGAAAUACCUCCAAUCUGUCAUACCACCUUGAAAAGAAUCAUCCCGUAGAGUUCAGUGAGUUUGUGAAGAGCAACACGGGUCAGAUGCGAGAGGUGUUCACCACAGCAUUCUCCAGGAUAAAGAGUGAGCCUUCAGGUCUACAUGGUCAGCAGCAACUCCAGGACACAAACUUAAGGCAGAGCUUAGACUAUGAAAACAGGCGACACAAUGAUCUGACAGUAGCUAUCCUCAACUUCAUUUGUGAGGGGCUGUACCCUGUAUCCACAGUUGAAGAACAUACCUUUAAGACCUUAAUGAGUACUGUUGAUCCGGGGUACUCUCCACCCACCAAAAUUGACCUUGCAGUUAAAAUGGUUCCUCAGAUGUAUUGUCGUACCCGGGACAUGGUCUUUAGUGAGCUUGCUGGGGUUGUGAACUGUGGCGUUACUACAGAUCUCUGGCAAAGUCAAACCCAAAACAGAACUUACAUUUCACUCUCCAUGCAUUCUGUUAAUAGUACAACUGGUUUCUCUAUGAUCAACAAGUGCCUCAAAACAUUUGAAGUACAAGAGGACAACACAGCCGAGAACAUCACCAGAGCAAUGUAUGAAACUUUUGUUGAAUGGGGGAUAACUCACAAAGUCAGUGGUGCCACCACAAAUGGUUCAGUGGACAUUGUUAAAGCGUGCUCUCUCCUGGAACUGUCAGUUCAAAUGCCAUGCCUCGGCCACACCAUCAAUCAUGCAAUGGACGAAGCCUUCCAGCUACCACGGGUUGACUGCUUCUUGGGAAGUUGCCGCAAACUUGUUGAUCAUUUCAGAGAACCUGCGAUGUAUCUGCUGACAGAAAAACAAAAGCAGCAUGGCCUCACUCAGUGUGAACUCAUCACAGACAGGGGUAGGUCUUGGCUUGCCACAUUAGCAAUGUUACAGAGACUGAAAGAGCAACAGGUUGCUGUAACUGCAACAUUUACAGAGAAUUCCAGCGGCCACCAUUUCACCUUUGAAGGCUCUGACUGGACUUUAUUGGAGGGCUUGAUUGAAGUCCUCCAGCCUUUCAAAGUUGUGGCUAAUAUGUUCAUUUCUUGUAGGUACCCAACCAUUAGCAUGGUGAGGCCUGUACUUCAUAUGCUGUUGAACACCACCCUCAAAGUCAAGGAAGGGGACCUCAAAGAGAUCAGCAUGACUAAAGAGGUCAUGUCCAAGGUCUUAUCAAGCACCUAUUUGCAGAAUUCUCAGCUAUCGCAAGAGGUCUCAACAUUCCUCAACAUUGCUGCAUUCCUGGAUCCCCGGUACAAGAAACUGCCUUUUCUGUCCACUCAGGAACGUUCCAAAGUUGAGAGCAACAUUAUCGAGGAGGCAAAGGCGAUCCUUGAGAAGCAGAUUUCGGAGCGAUCAUGCCUUGAUGAUUUCUCUUUGCUGUCUGAUGAACCACCCAGCAAAAAGCAGGCACCUCUAAGUGAAUCUUCAGCUAGCAGCACAACCCAAGACAACCCUUUGGCUGCCAUAUUUUGCCAGUCUGAUGCAAACCAGAGCCAGGAGGAGCUGCAUGCUCAGGCAGUAGAGGAGCUGAGCAACUAUAAGUCACAGAGGGUUCUAGGUCUGAAUGAAGACCCUUUGUUGUGGUGGUCAAGUCAUGCAGCCUUGUUCCCUACCCUCCCCAAGGUGCUGCAGAAGUACUGGUGUGUUCCUGCCACAAGUGUACCUUGUCAUAGGCUUUUCAGUUCCUCUGGGACUGUUCUGUGUGGGAAGAGGAACCGCAUAGCUCCUGCUCUAGUAGAUCAGCAGGUCUUCUUGUAUGAGAACUCACGGAGCUACUAUGAAUCGGAACCCUGUGAGGAUGAUUUGGACAAUGUUUGGGAAGGAAACUUUAGUCUGGCUCAGCCUCUUGAGUGACUGAGGACUUGAAAUUGCAACGUCUGAGAAUUUUGACAACUUUGUUGCACGUGUACCGGAAGACCUACUGGACCUACACUGGAGCAUUAAAAAAUUUGAGGUGUUCAAUCAAGCUAAACCCAGGACCUUUUUAGCCACACUAGUACAAAUACUGAAAACUCAGUCCCAGGAAAAAGAAAACUACAUAUUUGUUUUGCUAUUGUACAAAUGAGAAAAAAAUUUGUCAUAUCUGUACAGAAAGUGUUAGUGAAAAUGGCAGAAUUAGCCAUAAUAUGUUGACAUUGGAUCAAACAAAUCUCUAAUGACAAACAAAAAGAACUGUAUUGAUUAUAGUAAUAUUGCAACAGUAACACUGCUUGUUGUGUGUCCUUUUGAUUUUUUUUUUGGUCAGGCUGAAUGAUGAAUCUUAAAAAUGCAUUACUCUGAAGAACAUACCGACACAUAGACUGUAUGGUAUAAAAGAACUUUGUGACAGUAAAGACUUUGUUUUCAAUGUUUACUUGACUGGCUGAUGUUCAGACCAUUUUUAUUGCAAUAAUAAUACAGUAUUAUAAAUAUAAUUGGUAUUGUUGGGGUUUAUUACAAUGGCAACAGAUGCAAUUUAAUUAGCUGAUUCUUGUCUAGCCGUUCCUGCCUACACUAGCUACUCUAGCUUUCUAUUUUGGCCCUUGUGGGUCAGUUGACAAAGUCCACAUUGUAUUGCAGACUGUGGAUUGUAGUUAAAAAUCUGUGUGGCAGCACCCAAUCUGAUAAACGGAAAAGAUUGUAUCAGCAAGACACACCGGUCUGGCUGCGGUGCCAUUACUUUUCACCCUACCUGUUAUUUACAAAGUAAAGAUCCA